CAAAAUUAGCGGAAGGACACAAAGACCACAUCAUGUGGUCCAAUUCCGAAAAACCCUAAUUCAAAUUUUCGCUCUUUCCGUUCAUAUUAUAAACCCUAAAUCAACCUCUUUUACUUUUAUUACUCUUUUUUCCCUUUUACCUUCACUUUCAUCACACCUUCGUCGGAAACCCACUCAACGUUUCCGAGUAUACACUCCGUUCGAGUAAUCUAAGAAAAGAAGAAUAUUUAUUUAUUUAUUUAAUUAGUUUAAUUAAAUUUUGCGGUGAUAAUGGAAGCGCGAGUAGGGACGGUGGUUGAAGGAGGACAAAGAGUUCUGAAUAAUCAACAAUCGCAAAUUGGAACGGUGUCUCAGCUUUUGGCUGGUGGGGUGGCUGGUGCUUUUGGAAAAACCUGCACUGCUCCUCUCUCUCGACUCACCAUUCUUUUUCAGGUGCAAGGUAUGCAUUUUGAUGUUGGCCAUGUCGCAGCACUAAGUAGACCUAGCCUUUUGUAUGAGGCUCAACGGAUUGUCAACGAAGAAGGAUUUAGAGCAUUUUGGAAAGGCAAUUUGGUGACUAUAGCUCACCGCCUCCCUUAUUCUGCAGUCAAUUUCUAUACCUAUGAAUGCUACAAGAAUCUAUUACAUUCUGUUCUGGGGGAGAAUCAUAGAGCAAAGGCCAGUAGUGAUGUCUUUGUGCACUUUGUCAGCGGUGGUAUGUCAGGCAUGACAGCUGCUUCGGCUUUAUAUCCAUUGGAUUUAGUUAGAACAAGACUUGCCGCACAGAGAAAUGUCAUAUACUACAAGGGAAUCUCACAUGCUUUUAGUACCAUCUGUAGAGAAGAAGGAUUCUUUGGAAUGUACAAGGGACUUGGUGCAACGUUGUUGGGUGUCGGGCCUAGCAUAGCUCUAAGUUUUUCUGUUUACGAGAGCUUGCGUUCUUCUUGGAAGUCUCAAAGGCCAGAUGAUUCUACUGCCAUGGUCAGUCUUGCUUGUGGAAGUCUUUCAGGCAUUGUAUCUUCAACAGCAACAUUUCCAUUGGAUCUAGUAAGGCGAAGGAUGCAGUUGGAAGGGGUUGGUGGUCGACCUCGUGUCUAUAAUACCAGUUUGUUCCGGACAUUUGGUCACAUAUUUCGGAAUGAAGGUAUACGUGGUUUGUAUAGAGGCAUUUUGCCUGAAUAUUACAAGGUUGUUCCCGGUGUUGGCAUUGUCUUUAUGACUUAUGAGACAUUGAAGACCCUUCUUUCAAGCUAUCAAGAUCGUUAGCACACAGCAUUUUCCAUUAUAUAUGACACUAAUAAUUUUAGUUAUAUACUUGGUAGAAAAUUUUGUCUCUGGAUAGAACAUUAUGGUAGAAGUUAAUCCAUGUAGCAAAUCCCAUUUUGGGAUAAGGCUUAGUUAGCAAAUCCCAUUUUGGGAUAAGGCUUAGUUAUUGUCCUUCUCCUUGUAGGAAAUUUUGUGGUGUUGGGUUUCACACUUUGUAGUCACAGACACGUUUUUGUCUGUGUAUAGAGGUAGUUUUAGCUGAGUAAGAUCAAUUGUACCAAAGCAAAGCUUUAGGUUUAAAUGGCGAAAUAGUUUAACUUUAUUUUUUGUAACAUGCCACGUUUACGAGUUAUUCAAGACAAAAUUAAGUAGAUGCAUUUUAUAACAACAUGAGCAAUUGAAUUUU